ACAUACAUUCAUACAUUCCAUACGAAAUACGAGAUAGUAUGUAUCUAUAAAUGUCACAGUGUCGGAUGAUUUAACCAGACGUUGAAAUAGUUUUGAUACAAAGAUCGUUAAGUGCAAGCUACACUGAGAAAUGGCCAGUCAAAAUUACUUAAGCGAUCCAAAAAAUCCAUUUUUUUCUCUCGAGGAUGAUAUCGACGACGAAACGUUUUUAAACAGUGCACCUCCAAGGUCUUCUGGUCGUGGUUUCAAUCAUUAUAACAAUUUCGAUAAUGAUCUGGAACAAAAGCAUCAACAAUUACUUCAAAGGAAAAAGGAAAUAGAAGAACGCACAAUACAUUCCUCAGAAAGGUCUAUUUCAUUGUUAAGAGAUUCUGAACAGAUUGGAGCUGCCACUGCUGAGGAGCUUAUUAGACAGAGAGAACAAUUAGAAAGAACAGAAAAAAGAUUGGAUGAUAUUAAUAGUACCUUAAGAUUUAGUCAGAAACAUAUUCAAGGAAUAAAAAGUGUUUUUGGAAGUCUUAAGAACUAUCUUAGCGGUAAAUCAUUGGAUGCACCUAUACCGUCAACUAUAUUGUCGGAAUCUUCUAGCUCUGAAUCUAUGGCAUCGCCUGCUUUAUCUAAUUCUUUGGAACAAGUACAGACUAAUAUAGCUAAUACAAGUCCAGCGUUGAAAUUACGUGGCAUAGAUGACGAUUUUGAAGGUAGUAAUUCACCCAGCAAUAAUGUAAGCAAGGUUUUGGAAAAGAAUUUAGAUGAAAUGAGUGGUUCGUUAGCUAGAUUGAAAGGGUUAGCAAUAGGACUAUCUGAAGAAAUAGAUUUACAAAAUGACUUAAUUGAUAAUAUAACAGAUAAAGCAGAAAAUACUGAUAUAACGCUUCAGAAACAAAACAAAGAUCUUACACAUUUAUUGAAAAAAUAAAUAAAUAUCCUACAUUUGUAAUGAAAAUAAUUAUGAAUUUCACAUAUUCGAAAGCUGUAAACUUCUGUGUAAUCGUAUGAAAAACAUUACUUUCCUUAGUUAAGUCUGGAAAAUAUUACACAUAGUGUUUAUUUCGUAUUGUUUUGUAAAAUAUAAUUUAUAAUGAUGUAAAAUAUUACAGCAAAAAACACAAAAGAAAUAAUGCACUUACAUACUCAUUCAAGUAUCCAUUUCUUUUGUACCUACUACGUAUGACAUGAAAUAUUUAAAUUUUAAGUUGAAUUUGUCAUGCAAAUCGUUUUCUUUGCUUGCAUCAAGUCAAUUUAUUUCCAACUUUCCUAUGAAAAUUGCUGAAGUGAUAUCUUAACAAUAUAUUUUUGUUAAAGUUUAAAAUAAAUUUUUUGUUAAGUGGACCCAGAAUUAUAAAAGAUACUGUGAUAAAAAUUCAGAUGUAAAAAAUAAAUAAUAUUGGUAUUUUAUGACAAUUCGAUGUCAUUAUUGAAUUUUAACAAAGUUACUGAAAAAUUGAAAAUUACUCUGAA